AUGGCACAUGGCGGCGCGGUUGUCAGCAUUGCCGUCUGUCCAGUUGGAGACAGAGGUUCUGGACUGUGGUCAACUCGAGAUGGACAACUUGGCAGCAUGGCGUCGCACUUGUCAGCAUGGCUGUCUGUCUGGUUGGAGUCAGAGGUUGUCGACGGUAGCCAUCUGGGCAUGGAGGCGGUCAACAAGGCGGGCGGUGGUCAACGUGGCAGUUAG